CGAGAUGGGGGCGGGCAGGGGGCGGACUACAACCCCCGGCGUGCAGCGGGCAGGGCGGUGCCGGCGCCGCGCCGCCGCCGGGGCCGGGAGCGGGCUCCCACUGCCCGGAGCAGUGAAGGGCCUGACCCCCAUGCUGCUGUGGUCCCAGCCCACCCAUUAGCUACCCUCCCUGCCUGAUGGAGCCAGUGCUGGCAGCGGACCCUCCUCAAGGUGGCCAGCUGAGCCUGGUGCAGGAGCGCUAGUGGGACGUGGACGGUGGCGUGUGCCACCCUAGGAGGCACAAUGGCUCAGGGCACCGGGAGCAUCAACAGCGACUACAAGGAUUGGGAGUGGAGCACUGAUGCCGGGGAACGCGCCAGGCUCCUGCAGAGCCCCAGUGUGGAGACGGUGCCAAAGAGUGGAGAGAGCCAAGGAAAUGGUCCGGGGGCCAUGUCGGCUCUGGGAGCUGUAUUCAUUGUGGUCAACGCUGCCCUUGGGGCUGGGCUGCUCAACUUCCCUGCCGCCUUCAGCAUGGCCGGUGGCGUGGCCGCAGGCGUUGCACUGCAGAUGUGCAUGCUGAUCUUCAUCAUCGGAGGCUUGGUCAUCCUGGCAUACUGCUCGCAGGCCAGCAACGAGCGGACCUACCAGGAGGUUGUGUGGGCCGUCUGCGGGAAGGUGCCUGGCGUGCUGUGUGAGGUGGCUAUUGCUGUCUACACCUUUGGCACCUGCAUCGCUUUCCUCAUCAUCAUUGGAGACCAGGAGGAUAAGAUCAUUGCUGCUCUGGUGAUGGAGCCUGAGGAAGCUGGGAGCAGCCGCUGGUACACGGAACGCAAGUUCACCAUUAGCAUCACUGCCUUCUUCCUCAUCCUGCCCCUCUCCAUCCCCAAGGAGAUCGGCUUCCAAAAAUAUGCCAGCUCCCUAAGUGUGGUCGGCACAUGGUAUGUCACAGCAGUCAUUAUCAUCAAGUACAUCUGGCCCGACAAGGAGCUCAUGCCUGUGGAGAUCCCCACCAGUCCCUCCACCUGGAUGGCCGUCUUCAAUGCCAUGCCCACCAUCUGCUUUGGGUUCCAGUGCCAUGUGAGCAGUGUGCCCGUCUUUAACAGCAUGAAGCAGCCAGAGGUGAAGACCUGGGGGAUGGUGGUGACAACGGCCAUGGUGAUUGCUCUCUUCGUCUACAUGGGCACUGGUGUCUGUGGUUUCCUGACCUUUGGAGCUGGUGUGGAGCAGGACAUUUUGCUGUCCUACCCCUCCAAUGACAUACCUGUUGCCCUUGCCCGGGCCUUCAUCAUCCUCUGUGUGCUGACGUCCUACCCCAUCCUGCACUUCUGCGGCCGGGCUGUCUUGGAGGGUCUCUGGCUCCGCUACACUGGGGUGACAGUGGAGGAAGACGUGGUUCGGGAGCGGAGGAGGCGCCUGCUUCAGACCAUCAGCUGGUUCCUCCUGACCCUCCUCCUGGCUCUCUUCAUCCCUGACAUCGGCAAAGUCAUCUCUGUCAUUGGGGGCUUGGCCGCCUGCUUCAUCUUUGUCUUCCCAGGACUCUGCCUGAUUCAAGCCAAGCUCUCUGAGAUCCAAGAAACCAGAGCAAUCAGCUGGUGGGCCCAGGUCAGCUAUGGGGUGUUCAUGGUCACCCUUGGAGCCUUCAUCUUUGGACAGACCACUGCCAACGCCAUCUUCGUGGAUCUCACAGCCUGAAUCCUCCUCCAGGCUGGACCGCGCUGCUGCUCUGGGGAUGCAGAUUUCCCCUAGGAUGAAAGGGAAGCAGGGAGAAAACAUGUUGGCACGUUGGGAAGAUCCAAGAGGAGUGUUGUAAUCUGCGGCUUAGCUGAGAGAGCCCAGUGGUAGUUUGUAUCUCAUUGUCUUAAUGCACCAGGCAGUCAGGCUUGUUCUCUUGGCCCUGACUCCCUGGUGAAGCCAGAGCAUCACUACAGGGGGACCUGUAGUCCAGGUCAAGCCCUUUCUGCCCCUCUAGGGUAGACAUCACAUCAAACCUUAGAUGUCACUAAGGGGUCACAACUGGGGCUUGCGAAGGCAUGCUGCUCUCACCCACAUACCCCUGUGCUGGUGGAGUUCCUCUCCACAACUUAAACUCUUUCUUCUCCCAAUGGAGGGAGACAGCGUGUCUUGCAUAAAGGGAACUAGUAAUUGUGUUUAUCAGACAGGGCAACAUCCUCGUAGUCCUCUUCUGUGUCAGUGUUUGGUUUGAACUCUGUUUUCCCAUGGCUCAUCUCGCCUGUCUCCUACCCCUACUCUUACAUCUCCCUCCGCCUGGGCGGCGCUUGCUGUUACAAAGUGGGACCGUCACCUUCAGCCUGAUUUUUUUGUUUUAUUCAGAGGGUCAGGACAAGCCCAGGGUAGGGACACACUGGUGCAAAUGUUUCCUCUGCCAGGGGUUGCUCACUCGCUAGAGAAGGUGCUGAGGCUGCAUCGACCUACUGGAGACACUACAAUAGAGCAAAGCUCUUCUCCAAAUUUCCAAUCCUGUUCUUCCAGGAGGUGUCUAGGGAAUGGGACUGGACCAGGUGUAGGUUUUAAGGAAUGCUUUGGGGAUAAAGCAGUUAGUAUUAAUCCAUUUUAUAUUGUUCCCUUGGUCGUUUACACUCUCUGUGGCUGGUGUUGCUCUGGGCUGUCCCUCCGUGGCCUGUCUGAAUGAUAGUUUCACUUCUGCUUUCGCUGAGUUGAGCAGUUCCCCAGCAGCACAUUCAGUUGGAGGAGUUAAACCUCAACCACAAACAGCUCUUGUUUAGUCUUUGAGUUACCUUGUUCCUUGUUUGACUUCUAAAACCUUGGGGAGGGAGGAAUUAAUGUGUAUCUAUUGCUGCUUCUGUGAUAAGGGUCCAGCCCAGCUUUAUGCAGCACCCGGCUUUGCUCCUUCUGCACCUUCUGGAAGCAGCCCAGGCUAUCAUGGUGGGAAGGUGAACCGUGGUAUGCUUCUGUGCCUCUCACCAUGGCGCUCUCCCUCUGCGACCAGUGGUGGUGGUUGGGAGGAUGGCACAUGGGUGCUUCCCCACGUGGAAACGUUUGGUCUUCCCCUAGCAAUGCUUGCUGCAUGUAAACAUGGACCUCCCUGCUGUUCCUCAGAACGAGACAGGGAGACCCAGAUGGAGGAGGAGGAGAAGGAAGCCCCAAGCUCAGCGGGAAUGUUCGAGGGACCCUGUGAAGGCAUGUGUCCCUCCUGUCGCCCCCAACAUACCUCCAACUUCUGUGCCCUCAACUUUUGACAAAACCAGGCCCCAGCAGACCCCCCCAUUCAUAUGGUGCCAGCUGCCUCCUGAGCCCCCUUGCCUGGCUCCUGCCUGAGAACUGGCGCUGGGGCUUGGAGGGCCGCUUGGCAUAAAGAGGGUGCCCACCCUGACACCAUCCAGCCCUGGGGACCACUCCUCCUGGACAUGGGGAGCACGGAGCCACCUCCUGUAGAGCCCAGCAAGGAUCAGGAUGCUCAAAGCUCAGCAGAUGCCAACUCUGAUAUGUCUUUCAGUGCCUGGCCACUGUAAAGAUGGAGAGGAGUUUGGUACCCUGUGGCUUUUGUGGCUCUGGCUUUCCCAAAGGUGAGGUCCCAUGGCCAAAGUGGAUGUGGACAUGGAGUCCCACAUCUCAGGUUGUUACCUGGGGAGCUGCUGGGCUCCCUUGAUCCCCCCGGGGGGGGGCUGAGAGCAGGGAGGGUAUGGAGGUGCUAUGGCUGUUUCUCUGUUUGCCUUACUGCUCCCCUGUUUACAAACACCGGCCUUUUUAAAUGUAUUUUCUAUGCGCAGAAAACAGAGGGACCUGGAUUUAAUAAAAGUGACAUUGUGGUGUGU